AUGGCAUCAACCAUUCCAAAUGACGUCGCUUUCAAUAUCCCGGUUCUGAAAGGUCGCUCCAACUGGUAUGAGUGGCACAGGGACUUCCUGCGGGUCACACUCUGCGUCAAUCCACUCUACUGGGAUAUCUUCACCGGUAAUGUUGGUCCCCCCAAAUACCAUGACUGCAACUUCGAUGUGUACUUUGGUGAAGAUGUCGUGAAUAACGGCUUCACGAUGGAUCAUUGCUCGCAACCUGAAAAUGACCAGAUUCCUCAACUCGAUGCCUCAGGGAAGGAGGUUCGUGAACAGUACAACAUCGACCACCAACAUUGGAAUCGCUUUGUUCUUGAGGCUCGAGGAUAUCUGCGUUUUGCUCUGGACCAACAACCUGCCAUGCACAUCCGACAAAUUGCGAAUCCGCGGGAGGCAUUCCUGGAGUUGGAGAUGACAUACGCAUUUCCCCAUGCCCAGCCCUCCGUUGAUGCUUGGAAGAAAUGGCUGCUCAUUCACUACCACUGCACACGAGAAUCGCCCGAAGAAUUUGUCAACAGGUUCAAGAAAGCUCUGCAAGAGCUCAAGGGCCAGGGAGUUCAAGUGAGUGUGGGAGUUGAAAUUGCUCAGUUCCAAGCCGCCCUCAUGCACGAUCUUGAGUGUCUGCAUUUUGUAGAUACCUUGGUUAUUGAUCCCAAGAGCCUCACUGACACAGAUUCUGUCUAUGCUGGUUUCCUUCAGGGAUAA